GUUAUAGGUCCAUUGGAUUUCGACUCUUGAGAGGGACACAAAGGAAUAAACCCACCAUUCCUUCAAUUACAUUGGGUUUCUCAGAUAUUUUCUUCCCUGAAUAGUUAUUUAUGCACAGGUAUAAAACAAUCAACAAUAUACACUAGAAGAAGAAGGAGAAGCCCAUCUUCGCUCCCACUCUUACAAUUCUCAAUAACCCAGGUAGCUGUUCUACAUAGGGAUUUCUCUGUCAUAAAUUUUGUAAUUUACCGGCUUGUUAUCAUUUUUAACAGUUAAAAGCUUAUAGCUUGCUGUCAUAUUCAUGGACACGCGCUCGUAUACAUUUUACUAGAGGAUGUGAUCUGAAAUUGGUCAAUAUGUUGUCAUGUUAAGGAAAACAAAGUUAUUAACUUUAUCCUCUAGCUGUGUGAGAGCUUGUCUGAGAUAGUGGAAUGGAAAAGAAAAGAAUAGAUGACUAUGAACCAGGUCCAGUUCCUUCACCAAAAGCAUUGGACAGAUUUGGAUUUGUAAAGCAGGAACUUAAUACAUCUCCUGAUGGUUUAACAAGAGGCAGGUCGGCUCAUGAAUAUGAGAGGGAGGAAAGAAGGGUUAGAAAAUGGAGGAAAAUGAUUGGGGUUGGAGGGAGUGAUUGGAAGCAUUACGUUAGGAGAAAACCUCAUGUUGUUAAAAGGCGUAUAAGGAAAGGAAUCCCUGAUUGUUUAAGAGGUCUUGUCUGGCAGCUGAUCUCUGGAAGUCGGGACCUUUUGCUGAUGAACCCAGGGGUUUAUGAGCAACUGGUGAUAUAUGAAACAUCAGCUUCAGAACUAGACAUAAUACGAGACAUUUCUCGUACGUUUCCGUCACAUGUUUUCUUCCAGCGGAGACAUGGACCUGGUCAAAGGUCCCUUUACAAUGUUUUGAAGGCAUACUCUGUCUUUGACAGAGAUGUUGGAUAUGUUCAGGGAAUGGGUUUUUUAGCUGGUCUGUUACUUCUUUAUAUGAGUGAAGAGGACGCUUUCUGGUUAUUGGUCGCAUUAUUGAAAGGAGCUGUCCAUGCCCCAAUGGAAGGCUUAUAUCAGGUGGGGCUUCCUCUGGUACAACAGUAUCUUUUUCAGUUUGAUCACUUGGUGAAAGAGCAUUUGCCGAAGCUGGGGGAGCAUUUUGUCCAAGAGAUGAUAAAUCCCAGCAUGUAUGCAAGUCAGUGGUUCAUAACAGUCUUCUCAUACUCUUUUCCAUUCCAUUUGGCUCUUCGAAUUUGGGAUGUCUUUUUGUAUGAGGGUGUUAGGAUAGUUUUUAAGGUUGGUUUGGCCCUACUAAAGUAUUGUGCUGAUGAUUUGACUAAAUUACCUUUUGAGAAACUCAUACAUGCUUUGCGUAACUUCCCUGAGGAUGCAAUGGAUCCAGACACGUUAUUACCUUUGGCCUACUCAAUCAAGGUGUCCAAGCAUUUGGAGGAACUGAAGCAGGAGUAUGAGAAGAAGAACGGAAAGACAGUUCAAUCAGCAGAAUCUAAUGAAAAGCAGAAACAGUCUCAAUGAAUGCGGAGGAGCUAAGAGAUAUUAGCCUCUACAUAAAUUCCAAAUUCUUUGAUUCUUUGUCUUGAUCGUAUGUUGUUAGCAGAAACCCGUGUCAACCGUAUCGACUCUUUAAUCAUGUAAUUGUUCAUAGUUGCUCGCUCCAGUCAUUUAUUAAAAUGCAUUCCCUAAACAGAAAUUGAUUCUGGAAAUUUUAUAUUUUGGAGUAAUAAAUUAAUUAAGACACCAAAAAUCUACCUUUUGGUGGCAUA